AGAGCCGAAGAUGUUGGCUCGGUCAUGUGAUCAGCUGUGUCCAAUCACAGCUGAUCACAUAGGGGACAUGUGCACUGAUCAUCAGGGCACUGAUGAUCAGUGUGCCUUGAUGAUCUGUGUAGCCCCAGCAGUGCCACCUGUCAGUGCCCAUCAAUGCCAGCUCUCAGUGCUUAUCCAUGUCACCUGUCAGUGCCACAUUUCAGUGCCCAUCAGUGCCACAUCAAUGCCACAUAUCAGUGCCCAUCUAAGCUGCCUUUCAGUGCCACCUAUCAGUGCUGCCAAUCAGUGCCGCCUAUCAGUGCUGCCAAUCAGUGCCGCCUAUCAGUGCCAGUCAGUGCCGCCUAUCAGUGCCAGUCAGUGCCGCCUAUCAGCGUGCAUGAGUGCCGCCUAUUACUGCCCGUCAGUGCUGCCUAUCAGUGCCGCCAGUCAG